AAACCAUCCUUGCUUUGGAGGCGACAAGAGUCACUGGUCAGUUCAGUGUCAGUCCCUCGGCUGGCAUGUUCUACUAACCGAGCGUGUGCAUCAAGUAGGGAUUCUGCCACUUGCUCUUCUACCCACAACUCGCUUUGAAACUGCCAGACAUGCCGGCGGGCUGACAGGCCCUCUCACCUCCUCUUUCAAAUCCUGCCACUGCUGGGUCCUUCAGCUCAGACAAGCUACAGACGCUCGGUUGUGCUGCCUCCUGUCACCUUCCCUCUGAGGCAGAAACACCUCCAGCUGCCCUGUCUCCACAAGGCUAAUCCCGAGCGCCCCCUGCUGGCAGUUCCAGGAACAACGGGCUCACCCACCACCUCCACCCAGCACCCAAACACCUCCCCUCCAGCUUUGUCUUUAGAGGGCGCUCGCCUCCCUCCCCUGCCCCGGACACGCCGGCAGUGUCCCUCAGCUCUAGGAAGCAUGUUCAGGAAUGCGGCAGCCAUCUGUUUGCACCUGGUGGGGCCCCUCCAGGGAAAGAAGGCUGGAGCUUCUGCCGCCCAGUGCUUGCACCAGACUCUCACCAUGGCCAAGCGGCUGCCCGCCCGAAGACUGGACGGGAUCGACCACAACCCGUGGGUGGAGUACAGCAGACUCGCCGCUGAAUAUGAUGUCGUGAACUUGGGACAGGGCUUCCCUGACUUCCCACCCCCAGACUUUGCAGUAGAAGCCUUCCAGCAAGCUGUCAGCGGGGACUUCAUGCUCAACCAGUACACCAAGGCUUUCGGUUACCCACCACUGACAAAGAUCCUGGCAAGUUUCUUUGGGAAGCUGCUAGGACAGGAGAUAGACCCGCUCACGAACGUGCUGGUGACCGUGGGCGCCUAUGGGGCCCUGUUCACAACCUUCCAGGCCUUGGUGGAUGAAGGAGACGAGGUCAUCAUCAUUGAGCCUUUUUUCGACUGCUAUGAACCCAUGACCUUGAUGGCAGGGGGUCGCCCCGUGUUUGUGUCCCUGAGGCCGGUGAGGAGCCCCGCUGAGGAUGGGAAGCUGGAGAACAGCAGCAACUGGCGACUGGACCCUGAAGAGCUGGCCAGCAAGUUCUCACCUCGCACCAAAGUCCUAAUCCUCAACACCCCCAACAACCCUUUGGGAAAGGGCCCACAGGUGUACUCCAGGGCAGAGCUGGAGCUGGUGGCCGGCCUGUGCCAGCAGCACGACGUGGUGUGUGUCACCGACGAGGUCUAUCAGUGGCUGGUGUUUGAUGGGCACCAGCACAUCAGCAUCGCCAGCCUCCCUGGCAUGUGGGAACGCACCCUGACCAUUGGCAGCGCUGGCAAGACCUUCAGCACCACGGGCUGGAAAGUGGGCUGGGUCCUGGGUCCAGAUCAUCUCAUGAAGCACCUGCGCACCGUUCACCAGAACUCCAUCUAUCACUGCCCCACACAGGCCCAGGCCGCAGUGGCUCUGAACUUCGAGCGGGAGCAGCAGCACUUCGGCCAGCCCAGCAGCUACUUCGUGCAGCUCCCGAGGACCAUCCAGCAUUGCCGCGAUCACAUGAUACGGAGCCUGCAGUCCGUGGGCCUCAGGCCCGUGGUCCCCCAGGGCAGCUACUUCCUGGUCACAGACAUCUCAGACUUCAAGAAGAGGAUGCCCAACCUGCCUGGUGCUGGGGAUGAGCCCUAUGACAGAUGCUUCGUCAAGUGGAUGAUCAAGAACAAGGGCCUGGCAGCCAUUCCAGUGUCUGUGUUCUUCAGCGCACCACAACAGAAGAACUUUGACCACUAUAUCCGCUUCUGUUUUGUGAAGGAUGAAGCCACGCUCCAGGCCAUGGACAGGAGGCUGCAGAAGUGGAAGGAGGAUCUCAGGCCCUGAAGUUGCCCCAGGCCUGCCUGGCCUGUCCCAGAGGCUGCACUGGGCUCUGUCUUGGUACAGGUUUCAGCCCUUUCCAGGUUGGAGGUGGAUAGAGGCAGAUAGAGGAGCCCUCCUCCUUGGUCUUGGGGGGUCAGGCAGCCCCUGGGUCUCUAUUUCUGUCUCCCUGACCUGUGUUUCUCCCUUGGGUCAGGGUGUAGGGUCUUAGGACCCUGAAUCCCAGCCCUGCCCCAAGCCUGCACAGGCCCCAGACUCGGGCACCCCUCCCUUUUCUUAUCUCCCUUUGAUCACAGAAAGCGGCCUUUAGGCUUGAGUCUUCAAACCAGUACUUUCUGCCCAUAAUAAAAUGUUAAGUUAUUCACA